CAUACAAUAUUUGACUUCAUCAACCAAAAUUUUAAACUCUCUCUCUCUCUCUCUCUUCUUCACAACAACACACAAACCACAUAAUGCUCACCAGAAAUUAGUAUUCUCUUCAUAUUUACCCUUUUCCCAUUUCUCAUUAUCUUUAAUGGGGUGGGGAAAAGUUCCAGAGGGAAACACAUUAUUGACAAAUCAAGAUUAAAACCAGAAAUUAAACAUUACAAAGAAAAGAAAAAAUCAAUCAUGGCAACCUACGGUGGGCUGCAGCACCUGUUUGAGAUGCCAUUGCCUGAAAAUCCAAGAUUUCAUGAUUCAUGGAAACACGGCGGUGACGACGACGACGACCACCACCAUUCUUUUACAGAGAUAUUUGCUCAACUCUAUCUCAAGGAGCAUCUCGAUCGAGAUCCCUUGCCGGAGUUGACGUCGUCGUCCUCCUCCCUCUUCACGCUCUCUCCCACGUCCUCCCUCUCGUCGGAGCUCUCCCACGAGGUGCACCCCACGGAGAGCUCGGACGAGGAGGAGAGCCACGCGAGGAGCCAGUGGAGGAGGUCGAGGGGAAGCUACGGGGGGUUCCCGCCCCCGAUCUCUUGCAUGGGGAAGAGCUGCCUGCAGCCGAUACGGCGGAACGGGAGGUUGAUUCUGACGGAGAUGAGGAUCUCGACGCAGGAGUUCCUGCACGCAUGCCGCGAGAACGGCCGCCUCAAGGUGCACGUCGUCCACUCCGACGAGGAGGACGAGGACGACGGGAAGCUCGAGCUGCAUGCGUGCCGCCAGAAUGGGCGUCUCGAGCUCAGCAUUAAUGUUCAGUCGGAGGACGUGGACGUGGACGGGGACGAGGCAUGAUCAAUGGAGAAGGGGGAGAGGAGGAUGCAAAAAAGAGAAGAAAAUUAAUGUAAAAAAAAAAAACAAAAAUGCAGCAGCUGCAAAUAACACAUAGGUAGGCAGCUUAAGUCUUGUUUGCAUCAAUGGCAGAAAUUUUCAGCGCUUUUGCUCCUGUUUAGGUUUCAUCAUCGGAUCAUGCAAAUAAGACGCUGUAGAUUUUUUUUUUUUUUUUUUUGAGGAAAUUAGGCCUUCUGUGAAUUGUGUUUAUAAUUUUUCCUUAAUUUCAUAAAUUUCUGUAUAAUUGAACAUUGUAACUAA